AUGACCUUCCCCGCGCAGCGCAAGAUCAGGAAGCCCUUCGAGAAGCUAUCUGAGCUUGAGAAGCAGGUGGCCGGUACUCUCUUGAAAUUGGAGGACGAUCCAGAUUUGAGGGAGAUGGGCCUGGGGACCCUGUAUAUUAGCUCUGUCAAAGAGAUAGCAGUCGACGGAGACAAGAAGGCUGCGGUGGUCUAUGUCCCCUAUCCUAUGCUGCAGAGCUUCCAGAAAAACUCGGAGGCUCUCAUCCUUAAGUUAGAGAAGAACCACUCGGGACACCGCUUCAUUAUAGUGGCUAACAGAACGAUAAUGAAGAAUGCGUACGUAUUCACCGGUAAGAAGAGCAUAAGGCGUCCGAGGUCGCGUACCAUGACAUCUGUUUACAACUGCAUCCUGGACGACAUCUGCUACCCGAUCCAUGUCAUUGGAAAGCGCACCCUUUACCCUGCGGGCUCUAACCCGAGGCUCCAGGUUGUGCUCCCGAAGGCUGUAUACAACGAGGUUAGCGAGCGUACCAAAACAUAUUCAGCGGUCUACAAGGCUCUAACGGAGAGGGAUACUGAGUUCAUAUUCAUGUAA